UGCUCUCUGGAGAACAUGAAGCUGUCGUUGAUUUGUGUCGUACUUCUCGGUGUUUUCCUCGUGUGCUCGGAAGCUCAUCGAGGCUGGAGGCGUCAUGGUUGGGGACGUGGAGGCUUGCGGCGUCAUGGUGGGCUCAAGGGAGGCUGGCGGCGUCCGGGUGGGGACCUUAGAGGUUUGUGGCGUCAUGGUAGGCGCCAUGGAGGCUGGUUACGUCAUGGUAGGCGCCAAGGAGCCUGGCGGCGUCAUGGUAGGCGCCAUGGAGGCUGGUUACGUCAUGGUAGGCGCCAAGGAGCCUGGUGGCGUCAUGGUCGGCGCCAUAGGGGCUGGUGGCGUCAUGGUGGGCCCCAGGAAAAGUUGACAAACUGCCAGAACAGAGUUCACAGACUGAAAGAAGAAUUGGAAACAUUGAAAACCCGGUUGACUGACUGUCAAUCACAAACUUGUUCUGAUCGCAGUACAUAUAUAAACUGCGUUACUAGACAGGGUUGUGGAGGGAAAAUUCGAAGAGAGUACAGCUGCCCAGAUGGAAAAGUGUGUUGUGACACAAUGUUUUGAUGAGCCAAAUAAACACAUUAUGCAAA